AUAACAAUGUAAAACAUGGAUUAUAUUCAAAGUCAGCAGACAAACAAGAUCUUCAUUGACAAUGAGUGGCAUGAUUCUGUCAGUGGUAAAACUUUUCCAGCCAUUAACCCUUAUACUGGAAAAAAAAUUUGUGAUGUUCAAGAAGCUGAUAAAGCUGAUGUGGACAUAGCUGUCAAGGCUGCAAAAAAGGCCUUUAAGUUAGGUUCACCAUGGAGAACCAUGGAUGCUUCAGAAAGGGGACGACUUCUUUUCAGAUUUGCAGACCUCAUUGAAAGGGACAUUGAUUACAUUGCGAGUUUGGAAGUUUUAGACAAUGGUAAACCUUUCUCUGAAGCCAUGUUUGAUAUGGAAUACUCUAUAGCAACAUUGCGUUAUUAUGCUGGGUAUGCUGAUAAAUUCCAUGGAAAAACCAUUCCAUCUGAUGGAAAUGUUUUCUCUUACACUCGUCUUGAACCUAAAGGAGUUUGUGGGCAGAUAAUACCUUGGAAUUAUCCUGUUGUGAUGUUGAGCUGGAAGUUGGGACCUGCACUUGCCACUGGAAAUACAGUAAUUGUAAAGCCAGCUGAACAGACUCCUUUAACUGCUCUAUACUGUGCAAGCUUAAUUAAAGAGGCAGGAUUUCCUCCUGGUGUUGUAAAUAUUCUUCCAGGAUUUGGACCUACUGCUGGUGCAGCAAUUGCUGCUCAUCCAGAAAUUGACAAAGUUGCUUUUACUGGAUCAACUGAGGUUGGGAAGUUAAUACUUGAAGCCGCUGGAGUUUCCAACUGCAAAAGAGUUACUUUAGAAAUGGGUGGCAAAAGUCCUCUUGUUGUCUUUGAUGAUGCAGAUGUUGAUGAAGCAGUGGAAAUUGCAUAUGCUGCUGUCUUUUCUAAUAUGGGUCAGUGCUGCUGUGCAGGCACACGAACUUAUGUUCAAGAAGGUAUUUAUGAUGAAUUUGUGGCAAAAAGUGCAGAACGUGCACAGAAGAGAGUCCUUGGAGAUCCUUUUGAUGAAGCUACAGAUCAUGGACCACAGAUUGAUAAUGAACAGCUGAAAAAAAUCCUCAGUUUAAUUGAAUCUGGUGUGAAACAAGGAGCAAAACUAGUUUGUGGUGGCAAACAGAUUGGAAACAAAGGAUAUUUUGUAGCACCUACUGUGUUUGCUGAUGUUAAGGACAACAUGUCAAUAGCAAGAGAAGAAAUAUUUGGACCUGUGCAACAAAUAUUGAAGUUCAAAACUCUUGAGGAAGUCAUCGAAAGAGCCAAUGAUACAAUGUAUGGGCUCGGCUCUGGUGUAAUCACAAAGAAUAUCGACACAGCUAUAACAUUUGCACAGGCUGUUCAAGCAGGAUCUGUUUGGGUUAAUUGUUAUGAUGCUACAACCCCUCAGACUCCAUUUGGUGGAUUCAAGAUGUCAGGACAAGGAAGAGAGCUAGGUGAGGAUGGAUUACAUGAAUAUCUUGAAGUAAAAACAGUUACCAUCAAAAUCCCACAGAAAAAUUCUUAAUGUUCUGGAAUCCAUAUAUGUAAAGGAUGUUAAUUCAGAUUAUGUAUUUUUCUAUGAAUCAGACCUGAUUAUAUAUAUAUGUUCAUAAUAAAUUUAGAAAUUUUCUGUCAAAAUGUGUAAUAAAUCAUAUAAACUAUACAUUAUAUUAUGUAAAGGAUGUUAAUUCAGAUUAUGUAUUUUUCUAUGAAUCAGAUCUGAUUAUAUAUAUAUGUUCAUAAUAAAUUUAGAAAUUUUCAGUCAAAACGUGUAAUAAAUCAUAUGAACUCUACAUUAUCUUGUAUCUAGCAACAAAUUCAGGAGUCAAUAUUAAGACCAUUAGUUAUUUAAAAAAGUAUCAUUUUUAAUGUUUUCUGAUUGACAGCACAUUUAAACACCUAUGUAGUAUGCAUGUUUAUGUCAAUUUUUAAAUAGUCUUUUAUUAUUAAAACAUUUAUUUUUAAUUUUUCUUAUUCUAUUAUGUAGAUUUUUUUAUUACUGUUGUAUUAAUACUCAUGUAUUAUUUUGAAGUUUAUUUUAUUUUUUCCCCCAUGGAGUAUAUCAAGUCAUGAUCAUAUGGUUAAAAGAACGAUAUACAAAUAAGAUUAAGGUUAACCAGUUUGUUUAUCUGUUCAGAUUUCAUUAUUUUUACUUUUGCUGUAGCCAGAGCUGUUUCAGUUCAUUUUGUAGUUGUAAUAAAUUGUUGUUUUGUCCCCUCCCCA